GUGUACAAAUAGUUAAAGGACAUUGCUCCGACCCUAAAAAAAUGGACAUAUUCGUUAAAAAUUAUAUACAUCCAUACAAAUCAACACAUGCGCGCGCAAUCGCAAUGCAAUGAUACGAAUGAUUAUUGCUGGAAACUUUGGGAUUUGAGAGCAGGUCUUACAAGACAUGGGUGAUGUUCAUAUUGGUCUGGGCACUCUACUCCUCUGUGUUCACUCCAAUGGAGUUCGGCUUCUUCCGUGGCCUACCCGAGAAUCUCUUCAUCCUCGACAUUGUCGGGCAGAUCGCUUUCUUAAUCGACAUCGUCCUUCAAUUCUUCGUCGCCUUUAGAGACAGCCAGACUUACCGCAUGGUCUCCAGGCCAGCCCCCAUCGCCAUCCGGUACUUGAAGUCGGACUUUAUCGUGGACUUGCUCAGUUGCUUGCCUUGGGAUCUCAUUUUCAAGGUACUAAUGCUGAUACUUAUGGGAGUUUUUUCAUGAAUCUGAUCAACAAAAUCAAUAUAAAUGUGUAACAGAAAGUCGGUAUAUUUUUUCGUUUCUAUUACGAGACAAUAAAUAUAUUCAA